AUGGCAUCCUCAUCCUCAUCAUCCCGUCGUCCGAUUGUUCCCGAAAUAUCCUGUCCCUUGUGUAGCUAUACUGCAGAUGACGAAUCCAUCAUACAGUUGCAUUUCGAAGCUAUUCAUGAUAACGACAACCCCGCGCCCCCACCAGUCCCUCCGAAACCGGAUUCACCUCGAUGGCCACCUCUCACCAAACAGAAGCUGGUAUCUCAACCUCAACCUCAAACUCCCGUUGCAGGUUAUGAAGACGAUGCCUAUGAUCCCUUCAGGUACCAAGUUCCGAAUAACAACAGCCAGGAAAUCGUCGGUGCACCGGUCUGGAGGGUCGAUGCAGCCAACAAAACAGAUAAACCGGCUGUCGUCCCGGCCGUACAAAGAGACGCACCUAAUGCAGAGGUGGAGUAUGUAAUAUGCGAAUGGAAGGGUUGCGGGGAGCCCGUUAGCUUCUUAGAGUUGGAAGAACACUUUGCAAUGCAUGAAACCGAGCUGGAGAUCAUGGACGACGACGACGACGACUACAAAAAUGAGAGUGAUGGGGGCCUUCAAGUCGGAGAUUCUAUUGUCGGCCAGAGGGAGAGGAAAGGCGAUGCUUUGAUGGACGCUGCUAGCAAAAAACGAUACACCCCGAAGAAGGAAGGGCCAAGCAACCGUCAUCCGAAAAAAAUGGGCCAGAUGGAGAGGAGGUUAGAGAGUGAAGCUAUAGCGAACGAGGUCUUAGUAAUGACUCUAGAUGAAGACGACAACGACACGAUCAAAGUGGAGAAGUUAAUAGUCGCCCCGGAACCCAAGACCCAAAUAGACAUUGAGUGCAAGGACUACGAUUUUAUCAACAGAGAUGAAUUUACCGAAGAAGAUGAUGAGGAAAAGCUUAAGGGCGACGAAAGCCGUCAGUAUGGGAGUCGUCACGGCAAAAGGCUACACAAACAUAAUCCGGGUCAACCCAUCAACGGAUACGGAGGCUACGAGUUCUCAGAUCCAAGGCGACCCCAUAAGAAGCAUACCAACGGGUCCAGUGGGACGAGCAAGCCAGCCGAGGUCGCUGCACGUUUUAAAGCCAAACUUAAGAAGUCUGAGCUUGGACCUUAUGCGAACGAAAAGCGAAUGCCCGAAUGGCUCAAAGACGCCCUCAAGGAGGGAGGAAGGCAAAUAGUUACCAAAAACAUCGGUUCCGACGGCACCAUAUACAUCAAGAAGAGCUACGAAAAUGAAACAUCAGGCCUUAUCCCCGUUAUACGACAGCUCUGUGCGGCGGACCCGAGUGUCAAAAAAGCAUACGUCUGCCACCCAUCCGUAAAGCAUGUCUACAAAGAACACCCUGCGGCAAAUGGGUUCUGCGGCUAUCGCAAUAUCCAGAUGAUGGCUUCCUUCUGUCAGAAAAACUUUGUUCCUGGGUGUGAACGACUAUAUGGUGAGCGGAUUCCGACUAUCAUCGAUAUCCAGAAAUGGAUCGAGCAGGCGUGGGAUAGGGGUAUCAAUGCACACGCUCGAGAAGAAACUGGUGGGAUCCUAUACACUAGGAAGUACAUCGGGUCGUCUGAAGUCGAAGCUAUGUUCACAUCCUUCGGAACAUCUACGAUUCCUCGCCAGUUCUCAGAGCCAAACCAACAGAUCAACGCUCUUCGACAUGUAUGGAAUUAUUUCUCAAGGGGGUUUGACCACGAAACCGACAGGGUAGUCCAAACAGACAAGGCACCGAUAUAUUUCCAACAUCAAGGACAUUCGAUGACAAUCGUUGGGGUUGAACAGUACAAAUGUGGAACCCUUUGCUUGCUUUGCUUCGAUCCAAUGUUUAGCCCCUCCCAAAACAUUCGCAAACUCAUCGGAGAGAAGAGGAUCCGCUCGAACAUCGCUCAUGGGAAGCUUUUGAAGUCGUUUAGAAGAGGGGGACCGUAUCUCAAACGGUAUGAUAUCUUUGAGAUGGUUGAACUUGCUCCAACAUUUGAACCCGAUUCUACUCUUUACGAGUAA